AUGUAUAUACAUAAUUUAGCAGUCCUGGUGAUAUUCACUGGUAUCCUCGCCCAAGAUGUCGACUAUGCGCAAUUCGUGAAUCCAUUUAUUGGCUCUGAAGGUGCCAUAUCAGGCUACGCAUAUGGCGGUGGAGAUGUAUUCGUGGGCGGCACAGUCCCUUUCGGUAUGGUUAAGCUUGGUAUCGACACCUACGAAGAGCCUAUCAAUCAGAGCGCUCUUAAUGGCGGUUACACACCCAACGGAUAUGUCACGGGAAUCAGCUUGAUGCAUCAGUCAGGAACAGGAGGAGGUCCCAAAUAUGGAUUCCCGGCGCAGAUGCCGUUAAAUAGCAUCGAUGGCGACGUUAAUCCGCUAGACAACAGGACGUACUGGCAAUCUAGGGUCGGGGAAGAUCUAGCUGAAGUGGGCUAUUUCCGUACACGGCUCGAAUCAGACAUCACCAUUGAGCUAGCAGCAUCAAGACAUGCUGGACUGCAUCAUUACUCUUUUUCGUCCUCAGCGGAUAGUCAUAUUCUUGUAGACUUCUCGCACUACCUCCCACAUCCGACGCGCUCGUGGGACUCACAGUUCUACACGGGCGGAGAGAUUGAGAUCCAGCCCAAUUCUAGUAUCUACACCGGCUACACAUCAAUUGCAGGCGGCUGGAAUAUUGGAGCGCCUGUGACCGUAUAUGUCUGCGGCGAAUUCGAUAGGCCGCCUAAGAAAGCGAGAGCGUUCAAAGGAACAAACACUUUCCCCGCCAGUCGACACUUCCGAACUUUCGAUAACGGUGGGAUUAUACCCCAACCGGCAUUUACCGGUUCCUCAGCAAGAUCAGGGCCACUGAACGAUCGUAUUGGAGCAGUUUUUACGUGGAGUAACACUACCACUGUCAGGUCACGAGUUGGCAUCUCAUUUAAGUCGGUCGACAAAGCAUGCGCAUAUAAGAACGCUGAAAUCUCAUGGUCGAUCGAAGAUGUCGCAAACGCAGCACGCGAAGAAUGGAAUCGUGAUGUCUUCUCGAAGAUCAGGGUGGAUACAUCAGCGUCCGCGAACAAAACCAGACUUUCAUUGCUGUACUCAAGUCUGUACUUCAUGCAUCUCAUCCCAAGUGAGCGAGUUGGUGAAAAUCCGCUCUGGGAGUCCGAUGAGCCGUCUUGGGAUGACUUCUACACAAUGUGGGAUCUCUUCCGCAAUCAGGUUUCGUUGUGGCAUCUGAUUCAACCAACAUACUAUGAAUCAAUGAUUCGUUCGCUAAUUGAUAUUUUCAGGCAUGAAGGCUAUUUACCCGAUGGUCGGUCCGGUAACUAUAAUGGUUUGGUACAGGGGGGUUCAAACGCAGACAACGUAUUGGCAGAUGCUUACGUCAAGGGCCUACGAGGCAUGAUCAACUGGACUGAAGGCUACGCAGCAGUCAAGAAGAAUGCAGAAGUGCCUCCUCUCUUUGAUCAGAACCCCGUUGAUUCUCAAGGCUCGUUGAAAGAAGGUCGCUCCGCACUUGACGACUGGAUCCCACUAGGCUAUGUCUCUGCAGACCGCAACACUCGUGCAGUAUCGAAGACAGUAGAAUACUCGCUUAAUGACUUCGCCGUUAGUCAAAUCGCAGCAGGCGAAGCCCCAGAGGAGCAAGAAAAGUAUCUAAAACGUUCGGCAGGCUGGCAAUUGAGCUGGGAUCCCAGCGCCACGAGCCGAAACUUCACGGGCUUUGUCAUGCCUCGCUACGCCAACGGGACGUUUCAUAGUACUUACAAUAUCACCAAUUGCGGUGAUUGCAACUGGUCUGAUGAAAGCUAUGAGGGAACUGCUUUUGAAUACUCUUUCGUCAUCCCCCAUGACAUCCGUCGAGUGAUCGAGCUAAUGGGCGGUCUCAGAGCCUUCGAACAACGUCUCGACUACAUCUUCACGCCCAACACGUCGGGCGUUGAUCUCGGUGUCAAUGGUCUCGGUAUCACAACUAUCAACAAUGUGGCCAACGAACCGGAUUUCGAAAACCCAUACCUCUACAACUACAUCAAUAAGCAAUUCAAAUCUGUUGAGCGCGGUAGGCAGUUGGCUCGUGACUUCUAUCACAUCGGAACUGACGGAAUUCCGGGCAAUAGUGAUGCAGGGGCAUUGAAUUGCUGGUUGGUGUGGCAGAUGUUGGGGUUGUAUCCGAUUGUUACUACCAAUGUAUAUCUGCUGGAGAGUCCAUGGUUUAGCGACAUCAACAUGACCGUGAAUCAUGACAAAACACUUAGGAUUAGUGCACAAGGCUUGGACGACGGUGAUGGAAAAGAGGGAUACUAUGUCCAAAGCGUCACCAUCAAUGGUGAACCAUGGGACAGAAAUUGGUUCGAGCAUGAAAACGUCAUGGUCAUUGGCGGCGAGAUCCUCUUCCAACUAGGAAACCAGAAGAAGGUCUGGGAGACAGGAAUUGUGCCCCCGAGUCCGGGACAUAUGGUUGUUGAUUACAAAGGACACUUUUGA